UUCCCAAGAGCCCCCGCGGUGUCCCCCGGAACAGGCUCGCGCUGAGGGAGGAGGGGGUGAGCUUCCGGCACCGCUACUUCCGGCCCGGAAGAGCUGUGUCAGGGUGCAGGAAUAGGGCAAGAUGGCGACAGCGGCUGUGAUCGAGUUCCAGAGAGCGCAAGAAAUGGUGGUGACGGAUCGGGCGGCGAGUAUAGACAUCCUGCAGUCUAUAGUGAAGCGAGACAUUCAGGAAAGUGAUGAGGAAGCCGUACGUGUCAAGGAGCAGAGCAUCCUGGAAUUGGGUGGGCUUCUGGCCAAAACCGGACAAGCGGCAGAACUUGGCGGUCUUCUGAAAUAUGUGCGCCCCUUUUUGAACUCCAUCAGUAAGGCAAAAGCAGCCCGCCUUGUGAGAUCCCUCCUGGACCUGUUCCUGGAUAUGGAAGCUGCAACUGGACAGGAGGUGGAGCUUUGCUUGGAAUGCAUUGAAUGGGCCAAGGCUGAGAAGAGGACUUUUCUGCGCCAGGCACUGGAGUCUCGGCUCGUGUCCCUCUACUUUGACACUAAACGUUACCAAGAGGCAUUGCAAUUAGGUUCACAACUUCUACGAGAAUUGAAAAAGAUGGAUGACAAAGCCCUUUUGGUGGAGGUUCAACUCCUGGAGAGUAAAACCUACCAUGCCCUUAGUAACUUACCCAAAGCCAGAGCCGCCCUAACGUCUGCCCGUACUACAGCCAAUGCCAUCUAUUGCCCACCCAAGCUCCAGGCUGCACUGGACAUGCAGUCAGGUAUAAUCCAUGCAGCAGAGGAGAAGGACUGGAAAACUGCUUAUUCCUAUUUCUAUGAGGCUUUUGAGGGUUAUGAUUCCAUUGACAGUCCCAGAGCUAUAACAGCCCUGAAAUACAUGCUGCUCUGCAAGAUCAUGCUGAAUGCGCCAGAAGACGUGCAGGCCUUGGUGAGCGGGAAGCUGGCACUCCGUUACGCUGGACGACAGACAGAAGCAUUGAAGUGUGUGGCCCAGGCCAGCAAGAACCGCUCCCUUGCCAAUUUUGAAAAGGCGCUGACAGAUUACAAGGCAGAGUUGCAGGAGGACCCCAUUAUUACCACUCAUCUGGCUAAACUCUAUGAUAACCUGUUGGAACAGAAUCUUAUCCGAGUCAUAGAGCCUUUCUCUAGAGUACAGAUUGAUCACAUAUCCAUUCUCAUCAAACUGUCAAAGCCUGAGGUAGAACGCAAACUCUCCCAGAUGAUCCUAGACAAGAAAUUUCAUGGUAUCCUAGAUCAGGGAGAGGGGGUCUUGAUUAUCUUUGAUGAACCCCCUGUAGAUAAGACAUACGAAGCUGCUCUGGAAACCAUUCAGAACAUGAGCAAAGUGGUGGAUUCUCUUUAUAACAAGGCCAAGAAGCUCACAUAGACCAUUGAAAAUCAUCAGCCAUUGAGAAAUCAGAGCGGCAGGAGCAGCGGACACCUCUCCUCCUCACGUGGGAUGGUGGAAAAAAAAGGGGCAGGGGGUGCUGAAGGGGGAAUCCUUUACUAUUUUUUGUUUUCCAUCUUAGAAUUUAUUUUGUAUUUUUUUUGAAUGAGCGGUUUUAAAAUCUCGAAUGGUUCGACCUUUGCGCGGGUUGAAUCCAUGCUCUUGACAAUUUCCACUCUUCCAUCCUGCGUCCCGGGGCGGGCUGAGGGUUAGGACACUUGCUUGUUUUAUAGUUUUUUGUUUUUUUUCUGUGUACUUACCUGAAGCAGUGCUUGUGGGGGGGGAGGGUCUCUUUGAGCUUAACCAUGGUCCCCCGAAUCUUUGUUCCGUGGGCGCUUGUGUUAUGUGCCACGGGCCACACAGGCUCGAUAGGGAGAAAAGACUCGCCAGGGCUCACGGCUCAGCUCCGCCAGGGAUCUCUCACUUUUUAUAAAUUAAACGGGUUUGCUGCUUGCAGGGAUAGAAUGAAACAAAAAAAAAUUAUUGCCAUUGCCGCUCCUGUUACCAGACAUGCGCCCCCCCCCCCCCCAUUGUCCCUGAUGUCCUUGGGGUUUCGAUGUCCCACAAGAGGUGCACAAUUUCCACCCAGCUGAAACCAGAGUAUAUCUGAUGUUCAGAUGUGUUCCAAUAAAGAUCUUUUUUUUUUUCUUUUUCUUUUUUUUUUUUUUUCUUCUCUUCUUUCGUGUAUAACUUUUCCCUCCAUCGACUGCACUGUAAUACAACCGACUGCUCAUCCUUAUAUUUACUGCAUGAACUAAAUGAAAUCCAUACCCAGACCUGCAUCAUAAGGCUCACAUAGGGAUGGCUGGGGUUUUUUUUCCCUUCCCCCUUUUAUGCAAAGUGUAUGAUUAUAAUUUUUUUUUUCAUUUGCUAGGCUCCGUCUAGCUUAAAGGGGUAUUCCAGGCAAAAACAUCUUAUCCCCUAUCGAAAGGAUAGGGGAUAAGAUGUCUGAUCGUGGGGGGCCUGCCGCUGGCACCCCCGCCCUGCGAUCUCCCUGCAGCAGCCUGCAUUCUGUGCGCAGCUGCGUCUGCAGUUUCGGAAAUUGCCGGGCUUCUGAGACGGGGACAUGAUGUCACGCCACACCCCAUUCAUUCAUGUCUAUGGGAGGGGGCGUAACGGCCGCAACACCCCCUCCCAUAGAGAUGAAUGGAGGGGGCGUGGCGUGACGUCACGUCCCCGUCUCGGAAGCCCUUUCGAUAGGGGAUAAGAUGUUUUUGCCCGGAAUACCACACGCUCUGUUUUUGCAGGUUUUCCGCUGCGCAUUUGAAAGGGUGCGGGCUCUACUCGGCUAUCUGCAGCAGAUUUUCCACGGAG